CUCCGUAUAUAUAUAUAUAGCUUUUCAGUUAAAGCUUGAAGCCACAUCAAAACCCAACAUUCUUUAUUAUCUCUCUCACCUCUCUAUUUGGCAUUGCUUUAAUAAUCCUAUCAUCUCAUGGAUAUGGCUUCCAUUCCCUCUCUAGUGGUGUGUCUCCUCCCUCUCUCCUACCUCUUCUUCCUAAUAUGGAAGAUAAUAGAUGGAAAGAGGCACAAAAAUUGUUACAUUUUGGACUACCAAUGUUACAAGCCCACGGAUGACCGAAUGUUAACGACAAAGUCGAGCGGGGAUUUGAUUUGGAGGAACAAGAAUCUCGGGUUAAACGAGUACAAGUUCCUCCUAAAGGCCAUCGUCAGCGCUGGCAUUGGCGAGCAGACGUAUGGCCCGCGGGUCGUGCUGGAAGGCCGGGAAGAGGUCGCGUCCCACCAGGACGCGAUCGUGGAGAUGGAAGAGUUUUUCUACGACACAAUCGACAAUGUCUUGGAGAGGCAACACAUUUCGCCCUCGGAGAUCGACGUGCUGGUGGUGAACAUAUCCAUGUUUGCUCCUAUGCCAUCGUUGUCGGCUCGGAUUGUGAACCACUACAAAAUGAGACCGGACACGAAGGUGUACAACCUUUCGGGCAUGGGGUGUAGCGCUAGCCUCAUAUCCGUCAAUUUGGUACAAAACAUGUUCAAGACUCACAAGAACUUGUAUGCCCUUGUCUUGACUUCAGAGUCGUUGAGCCCGAAUUGGUAUUCAGGGAACGAUAAGUCCAUGAUUCUCACCAACUGCUUGUUCAGGUCAGGCGGAUGUGCAAUCCUCCUGACCAACAAGGUGGCUUUAAAGCAAAAAGCCAUGUUCAAGUUGAAAUGCCUAGUCCGGACGCACCACGGUGCAAAAGACGAAUCGUACGGUUGUUGCAUACAACAAGAGGACGAACAAGGGCGCACCGGGUUUUUACUACAGAAAUCACUCCCCAAGGCCGCAACCCAGGCUUUCGUGGACAACCUCAAAGAGAUCACCCCCAAAAUCUUGCCCAUCCGCGAACUCGUCCGCCACGGGAUCGUUUCACUCUACCACAAACUACAGGCCCGGUGGUCCUCGACGAAAGGCGGGGCCCGCACCGGCAUCAACUUCAAGACCGGGGUCGACCACUUCUGCAUCCACACGGGAGGAAAAGCGGUGAUCAACGGCAUCGGGCAGAGCCUGAACCUGAGCGAGCACGACCUGGAGCCAGCCAGGAUGACGCUCCACAGAUUCGGGAACACGUCGGCUGGGAGCCUAUGGUAUGUCCUCUCCUACAUGGAGGCUAAGAAGAGGCUAAAGAAGGGUGAUAGGGUGUUCAUGAUCAGCUUUGGGGCUGGCUUUAAGUGCAACAGCUGUUUGUGGGAAGUGGUUCGAGACUUGGAAGAUGCAAAUGUAUGGGAAGAUUGCAUUAAUGCCUAUCCACCUAAAACCCUAAUCAACCCUUUCUUGGAUAAGUAUGGUUGGCUCCAAAAUGAAGAUCCAGCCACUUUUACUCCCCCACAAGACUUUUAUCGCCAAUCAGCAAAUUAAAUAAAUACUCAUCAAAGAUUUAGUAUAUUAUUAAUUCCUUUUUUCUUAAAUUAGUUAUUAUAUAUAUGUUCCAGUGAUUUUUAUACUCAUUUUAUUAAUUGUUAUUGUCAUUACAAAGAAUUGUAAGUCAUUAUAUACAUACUAUAUAUAGCAUGGUGUUGAUGAUGAUACAUACAUACAGCUAGCUAGUGAUGAUACAUUUUAAUUUGCUAGGAAACUUCUGCAUAAAAUAGUUGUCAUCAU